AUUUUUGUCCAGAUUCAAUUUACAGCGCUCGACCUUCCUCGGUUGAGGAAGGAGGGUUUAUAGGGUUUAAGAAAUGCAGAGAAUCUCCAUUUCCGGCCCCAGAAUCCGAAGAUUCUCCGUCACUUCCGUCUCUUCUUCUCCCGUUUCAAUCCAUGUUAAUGUCGCUGAUCAUCGGAUGUUGAACCAAAUUCUCGGGUCCUGCAAAAUCUCGUCAAACCCCAAAUGUGUGCUUCAAACUCAUGCACAGAUCGUUAAACUCGGAUAUGGAAGAUAUCCGUCACUUGUUGCUUCUAUGGUGUCAGCUUACCGACAAUGCAACCUUUCAUACUCGGAGCGUCGGCUUCUCCUACGGUUCCUCUUGCGUGCGCCUGGUCUGGUUAACACAAACCUGCUUAUUGAAAAUCUUAUGAAAGUCGGAGAGUAUGGUAUGGCCAGGAAGGUAUUCCGUAAAAUGACUGAUCGAGAUUUGCUGUCUUGGAACUUAAUGAUUAGCGGUAACGUUAAGAAUUGCCAGUAUGAAGAUGCGUUGAGAAUUUUCAGGAAGAUGUUUAGCUCAGAUCUCAAACCGGAUAAAUUCACUUUUGCUUCUGCUCUGGCAUCGUGUGCUCGUCUUGGAGAUUUACAUCAUGCAAAGUGGGUGCAUCGUAUAAUGAUUGAUGCGGGGAUUGAACUUAACCCGAUAUUGAGUUCCGCCCUUGUUGACGUGUAUGCAAAGUGCGGAGAUAUAGAAGCUUCCAAGGAAAUUUUCAAUAGCGUCCAACGAAACGAUGUCUCGAUCUGGAAUUCGAUGAUUAAUGGGUUAGCAACUCAUGGGCUUGCUUCAGAUGCAGUCACAGUGUUUUCAGAGAUGGCGGUGGAAAAUGUUUCACCAGAUUCCAUCACAUUUCUCGGACUUUAUACAGCAUGUAGCCAUUGUGGUUUGCUCAAAGAGGGGAAAGAGGAUUUCGAUUUGAUGAGCCGUCGAUAUCUGAUACAGCCAAAGCUAGAGCAUUAUGGGGCCAUGGUUGAUCUGCUUUGCCGGGCAGGAAUGUUACAAGAUGCUUAUGAUAUGAUAGCGUCAAUGCCGGUUGAACCAGAUAUAGUGAUAUGGAGGUCCCUUCUUAGUUCUUCUAGAACUUACAAGAACUCUGAGCUCGGGGAAAUCGCGGUAAAUAAUAUUUCACGGCUGAGAAGUGGGGAUUAUGUAUUGCUUUCGAAUAUCUACAGCUCUACGAAGAGAUGGGAGAGCGCUGAAAAGGUUCGGGAGUUGAUGAAGAAUAAAGGAGUUCGUAAAACUAAAGGGAAGAGUUGGGUGGAAUUAGGAGGGGCGAUUCAUCGGUUCAAGGCAGGAGAUUCAUCUCAUCCAGAAAUGAAAGCUAUAUACAGAGUGUUAGAAGGGUUGAUCCAGAAAACGAAGCUGGAAGGCUUUGUGCCUGAUACGGAUCUAGUGUUGAUGGAUGUGUCGGAAGAGGAGAAAGAGGAGAAUCUGAGAUACCACAGCGAAAAGAUCGCAUUGGCUUACGGGAUCUUGAAGAGUAGCCCGGGAUCCAAUGUUAGAAUCCAUAAAAACCUACGGAUAUGCUGUGACUGCCACAGUUGGAUAAAAUCAGUCUCGAAACUAUUGAACAGAGUUGUUAUAGUCCGGGAUCUGAUACGUUUUCAUCGGUUUGAAGAUGGGUCAUGUUCUUGUAGAGAUUAUUGGUGAGACCUCCUCCAAGGGUCAGACAAGUUAAAAAUUUCUGGAAUAGAACUGGUUUCAGACACGAGGCUUCAGCACUUGAGUUCUCAGUCCUGAAGAAAAGCACGAGG